AGCCCGACAACCGGCAGGCCGGAGGUGGGGAAGAUGGAAUGCAACGGGAAGCGGGGAAUGGAGUGGGACCUUAGUACGGAAGGCAAACUCUAAAGCUAGAAGACAUAGAAGAUAAUCACCAAUAGUUACAACAGUGAAAUCACAAAGGAUUUCUUACACACAUUGGUUAAAAUGUGUAACUUCCACAGAAAUAAUUGAAGUGAAUUGCGUGUAUACCUUUUAAUAGAAAGCUGGAUAAACCUUGGAAGGAGAAAGAACUAGGCUGAAAGGCUUAUGCGAUGCAUUAUUACUGAUAUAGACUUGAUAAAGCCUAUGAACACAAAGGACUGUUUAAUCUAGUUGUUGCUGUAUGAAUCUCAGCUUGUAAAAACCCCUCGUGCCAUAUCAUUUGCAACUAAACUUUCCCCACUUGUUGAACAAGCAUCAGUGUAAACACCAUUAACACCAAACGCGCGGCGUCCUGGAGGAAAGCCGAGACGGUGACGAGAGCUCAACACAAUCAACGCAACGACGACGAAGACAAAAAAAAUUGACGCUUGCGAGAGGAUUUGCAGUGAAAUAAAGAAAUGUAAGAGAAAUCACAUGAAUCCCUUCCAGAAACAGAUUUAUUUGUGCAGUUAUCUUCAGGGGGAUUCCUUAAUUUUUUGGUAAUGAUGAGACCAGCAAAAUUUUGUGCUUGUGCGGCUAUCUUGGUCACUGUCAUCUGCUUACCGGCACUGGGAUCUUCCACCAUUCACAAGUGGCAAAGAAGAAACAUGCAAAUAUUUGAGGUUUCUACUGAAAAACCAGAAAGCACCACAAGCUAUGAUGAGAACAGUAAUGGGGUGAAAAGUGUCACAGAGAUCAGUGGAGUAAAAACAAGCUCUUCUGUUUUUAGUAAUAUGUUAAGGCCUUCAUUAGAAACAUUAACUGCAGCAAUAACUCCUAGCAUUGCUGAGAUAAAAGAAACAAAACAAUCCAAUAAGACAGAAAAUGAAAAUGUAAUCACCAUGACCAGCCUUGAUGUAUUACCUACGACUAGAACAAUGAUGCCAUUUCAGGACCAAUUUAAUACAAGUACAAAAGAUGACGAUUGGAAUAAAACUCUACAGUCUCAACAGAAUGACUUUGUAACAGUGUCAACUACAAAAUCCUCUUCCAGUCAAGGCAUUGAUGCCAGCGAAGUUAACAACAUUGUUUACAUGACCACAGGAGCAACACAGAAUGAUGCUGCCACUCAAAAUAACCAGAAAACUGAAGGAACAAUGAAGAAUAAGAAACAAGUGCCAGAGCAGGUUACAAUUUCAACUGUCUUUAGUGGGGACACCAGAAACGAAAGUGGCGGGGAGACAACCAGGACAACUGAUUCUGGCAAUGAAGUCUUUACGCUAAAUAGUCACGACACUACAGCUUUGCCUCUUACAAGUAAACCAAUUCUUAUAAAUACAACACAAAAAGAUACCACAAUAUUGACUUCAGAAAUGUUAAACUUUUCAGAAUUCACAAAUGCAAAUGUUGGAAGUUUCAGGAAUGAAGAAUUAAGAACAACAACAACAAUCAGUAAACUAGAGGGUAAUUACUUCAGCUGGACUGUAAAUAAUCCAGAUGAUGAGAAAGAAAUGAAUGAAAUCAUGGCAACCACAGUGGGUGCAGUAACAGACAGCAAGGCACCCAAUACAUUUCAGGUGACUACGACAUCCAGAGUUACAACGUCAGUUCAGGGAUCUUCAUUGACAGAAUCAGUCUCAUCAGCUUCUCUAGAAACUAUGUUGAAAACAACUCAAACAGUGCAAGUCUCCAGCACAGAAGCUAUAAUUGGAACUGCGAAGAACAUAUUUAAGGGAUUGAGUUCAAGGUUGCCAGCAACAAAUGGGAUUCCCUCUGCGAUAUCUGCUUUGCCAACAACAUAUCUCCCACAGAAACCAGUCUCAGAAGAAACAAUGUUGCUGAGUGCUGAAGCAGUGAGUAUGGAAAUAAACCAGGCAGUUACAGCAGAUACCAGCACAAAACAGACCAUAUCAAGGAAAGAUAACAAAGUUUCUACAGCGGCAUCUGAUGUUUCAGAAAGAACAUUGCUUCGGUUACUGACAACCAUUGUGCCAUCUGUAAAGCCGACAGCACUUCCAUCAAGUACAGCUGAGGAACUUGAAUCAGAAGUACUGACAAGUGCUAGUGAUUUACUGCAACAGAAGUCAGUAGUCCCGAUUGUAAAAAAGAUAUUUGCCACGACAGCAGCAUUAAACACUGAAUCCAGUGAUACCAUCCUGCAAGCAUCUGCUACAAAAGCAAUGGGAAUGAUGACGGUUAAGUCAAUUAGCUCAUCACCUGAGUUAAGAGAUAACACAUGGUCAUCCUCAGCAACAACUCUGGCACCUUCUUUGAGUGAUACAGAGUCACCAAUGUAUACAUUGGACACAACAGAGUCAGAAGAGUUCGAUGAGGAUGAUGAUGAAGAAGAUGAGGAAGACUCAGAUGAAGACUCAGAUGAAGAUAGCAUGGAUUAUGAUACGCAAGUGCCUUCACUCCCAUAUGCAACACCUGGUGGGCCCAUAAGAGUCAACCGAAACUUGACAAAAGUGAUGGAGAUGUCGUAUCAGCUUCCUGAUUCGUUUGAGUGGAAUCAGCAUGAUCAAGGUACUAAAAAUCUGGUAAGAAGCUGGCUGGAGAAAAUCAAAGACAAAGCAGGUUAUAUGUCCGGGAUGCUAGUGCCUGUAGCUGUUGGUGUGGCAGGGGCACUCUUCAUUCUGGGAGCUCUCUACAGUUUCAAGGUGAUGAAUCGGAAGAGGAAAAGUGUUUUCAAAAGACGAGAAACAAAGCCUAAAGAUUUCACAAGCAUGCAGGAUCGGGUGAUGCUGUUAGCUGAUAGCUCAGAGGAUGAGUUUUAAGUAUGAAUAAUGUUUUGAUGCAAUACUAAUGUCUGAAGCUGCACUGGAGUCAGGGGACACAGGAUGUCACUGCUUUUUGCUACUUGUCAUUUCUGAUGCAAGUGUUUUUUCUUUUAAUGAGAAGUUAUUGAGGUUGCGAAUGUUAUUUGUGACAUAAUGUAAAGUCUUGUUUAAUAGAAAUUUACCUCAUAGGAGCAACCUCAGUUUGAUUUCACUGUAUAUUCAUCCUGAUAAAUUGGAAUGACCAGAUGUUAUGUAAUAAUGUUGCUUUAGUCAAUAAAUGCUUGGUUGCUGUCAUUUUAAAACUGCAAUAUUCACUUUUUGUUACCAAAAUUCUGGUAAUGCUUUGGAGACAAUGCUACUAAGCAAUAAUGGCUCCUUAAACAGUCUUUAUCAAGUCAGUAAUGAAUGAGUAACAAUUUUAACCAGUGCCUAACGGACUCAUUUUGCUUUAUCUACAUUGGUAUAAAAUUCACAAAAGAAGCCACAGAUAACAAUUCUCGUGAAAAGAGCUGCCAAUCAUCUAUAGGAGACAAUGUCAGAUUGUUUUCAGAGUUGAAAACCAUCAAUGUUUUAAGAGUGAUGAAUGAAUGGUGCUCAUUGCAUAACUAGAAGGCAUGUUUUCUGAAGAAGAGUUCUAAAGUCAUAUCAGACUCAAUGUUAACUGUUUGUCUAAGCACAAAUACUGCCAGACUGGUUGAGUAUUUUGUUUUAUUAGGCAGGUUUUCUCAUUGAGUAGCUUUUAAACCAACACACAUUGCAGGAUGAAUGUGACAAUACCUUUGUCUCACUGUUAAGCUUGUAACUGCUCCCUAACAGUAAUCAUGCGCUGUGAUUUUAAAGCUCAACUGUACCAUUAUCAGGUCAGUAAUUAGUGUGCAGGAAGUGAGUCUCUAGGAUAUUCUUUCUAUCACUUCCUUGCAUUUUGUCACAUACUCCCACCUGUAUAAAAUAUUGGCAAGACACCACAUACCCGUGAUUCUUAGCAUUGGUAAAGUUAUAUCUUGUUAACAGAUGCAUACUAUGUUGCAGUUUGAUUAAGAAUUAGUUCUUAGAGACAUGGACAAUAUUGAUUUUGAUGCUAUUGGUACAAGAUAUUAUAUACACAAGAUAUUAUGUGCAAUCACAAUAGUAAGUGGAAUCCACUUAUCAUUACUUACCAUGUGCCAAAACUUGCAGUAAAUCUCAUGAUUUCAGUUUUGUGUAAAUGAUCCAUUUUAUGAUUUGCUUUUAACUGCAUUAAAUUCCGUAUAUAAUGCACAAUUUGACAAACAUUAGGUAGGACUUGAUAAUCAGGUGUAACAAAAAUAAAACUGCAUCUAAUUAAGCAUGAUUAUAAUCUCUGCAAAGAAUUUGAUAUGGUUAAAGUCACAUUAGAUUCAAUGGUGUUUGGACCUUUUGGUGAAUUGAUUAGAAAAAUACAUAUUUGUGAAAAGAAAAAAAGGAUUUUUCUAAUUGUUAUACCAUAGCAGUCCAGAUGUAAGUGCCAUUAAAAUGUUGAACAAGUUGGCAGAGUGUUAGUGACACUAACCUUUAAUCCAAAUACCCAAACUAAUCCUCCAGGGACACAACUUUAUAUCUAACCAUUGUAAGAUGCCCAGUCACUGACCUAUAAUUGUAGACAGAACUUAGUAAGGCUGGUCCACUUAAGUGUCUCAUCAAAGGUGUACAUUUUGAGGGAUUUAGAGAUUGUAAUGUGUUGAAUGGACUAUGUCUUGUUGGAUAUUUGUUAUCUGGCACUUACGUGUCACAAAUGAUACUUCGCCACUAAUUAGCCCAAGCCUGAACAUUGUCCAGAUAGUGCUGCAUUUGGAUACAGACCUAUCAUUAAUGAUACUAAGAAAACAAAUACAUUCUUUAGAAGAGAAGGAUAACAAUGGGAACUUUACAUUUGUGUAGUACCUUUCUUGGAAUUAUAUAUCUCACGGCUCUUCACAGUCAUAAAGCAUAAAGUAAACAUAAGGUGAAUUAGGGUAGAAGAUUAAAAGCAUAGCUGAAGCAGUCAUUUUUCUUUUAAUGAACAUCUUGAAGGAAGAAAGAGGUUGAGAGAUAAGUUUUUAUGAAGGGAUUUCUAGUGCCUAGGCAGCCUAGGUAAGACCACCAGUGGUGAAACAAUUAAUAUUAGGGUGCCCAAAAGGUUGGAGUUAAAAUUGCUCCGUGGAUUGUGGAAACAGCAGAGAUUAGAGAUAGAAAGGGGUGAUUCUGUGGAGGGACUUGAAAACCAGGAUAAUAAUUUUAAAUCCAAGGCAUUGUUUGACUGGGAGCUAGUACAGAUCAGUGAGCACAGUGUUGAUGAGGAAUAUUAUCUCUAAUUUCUGUUUUUCUGAGAAUAUCAACUUUUUACACUAUUUCUAAUCUGAUAUUUAUCCUUUAGCAACCCAAUCCACUUACAAUAUUGCUUGUGUAUUUCAUAGAAUUUAUACAAGGUUUAUAUUAAAUGUUUCUUUAAAUUAUCAUGUUGGAAUGGGAUUCUGUUUUUGACUUGCUUAUGACAAAUACGAAGUGAUGCUAAAUUGGUGCUGGUUGCUAGUUUCCUCAGAUGCUGUGCCCUGCUUCAGAAACAUUGUAUGUGUGCUUAAAAAGUGUUUGCUGUGUUUUUGGUGAAGUUAAGGUGAUGGAUUGGGAACAACGCCGGUAUGGGGAAAAUGGAAAUUAAUAAGCUGAGCUUCACACUGGGAUCAGUAAGCUUUGCACGGCCAGGAAGGAGAGACCACAUCAGUGCAGAGGAGAAGAAGUAUUUUUACUGCUUCUUUCUUUUUGGCUCAUAAUUUGUAAUAUUUUUGAAUAGGAUAAGUUGAAGUCCAGGAUUGGGCCCAACACAAAAUAGUGACAUCACAGACAGACUGUAAAUUCAUUGGUUUAGUGAUAGCAACUAAUUUGCCCAUCUAAUAUGGGUUACUUUCAGAUUGAAGGAUAAUGGAAGUAUUUACAUGCAACAAACUAAAAGACCAGUAUGAUUUAAAAGAAAUAAUCACAUGAAGAACUAAGUAAUUAAGACAGUGAUGCAGGGCUGGGCAAUGUGUUGUAACUGCAUGUUGUGGGAGCUGGUGGACCCCAUUGUGGUUCGUAGUGACCAUAUCUGCAGCAAGUGUUGGCUGCUUGAGGAACUCUGGCUCAGAGCUGAUGAGCUGGAGUCCAAGCUUCAAAUACUGUGACAUAUCAGAGGCAAGGGGAGCAGAUACCUGGAGUCUGUGUUUCGGGAGCGGUCACACCCGCUAGAUUAACUACCUCAAAUUUAGUCAGUGAUCAGGGACAGGAGAAUGUGACCACAAGCAAGGCAGGUAGCAGGAUCCAGCAGGUAAUGCUGAACAAGCCUCAUCUCUUGAGCUUGUCUAACAGGUUUGAGAUUCUUGCUCCCUGUGUGGAUGAGAUGGGGCUUUAGGGAGGAUGAGCAAACUGAUCAUAGCACUGUGAUAUAGGAAGCCAUUUAAGAGGGGGAGAAUAGAGAAAUGUAGUUGUAAUUGGGGUUAACAUAAUCCAGGGAAUAGACACUGUUCUCUGGCCAGCCUGAAGGUAUAUUGCCUGCCUAGCACCAGAGUUCAUGAUAUCUCAUCUAGGCCACAGAGGACCUUGCAGUGGGAUGGGAAAGAUUCAUUUGUUGUGGACCAUGUACGUACCAACAAUACAGGUAGAAUAAGGAAAGAGGUUUUACUGAGGGACUGAUCACAUAGGGGCUAAAUUAAAAAGAAGAACCAAAUUUUCUCAACUGGUGGGCUCUUUUGCAAAGAAAAUUAUGGAAAAGGUUAAGGAGGGUUGGGGAAGCAGGGGGUGGGGAAGUAAUGGGAAAGAGAGUUUGAAAGGGUCAGGAAUCUAACUUCAAGCACAGUAGAUAAGGAGACAACUAUGGGAAGGAUAGCAGUCAAUGCAGGACUGAUGAUGCUGUGCUUAAUUGUACAUGUUGUACAAAACAAGGUAAAUGAGCUUGUAGUGCAGAUUGAAAUUGGUAAAUACCAAUUUGCAGGUAUCCCAGAGAGAUGUGACUCAAGGAAAUCAGGACUGGGAACUAAAUGUCCAAGAAUUCACAUCCUUUUGUCAGGAGGGGCCGAUGGGCAGUGGGGGUGGGGUUGCCUUCUUAGUAAGAAGUGACAUAGUUGGAAAGUGCAGAAUCUGUGUGGGCGGAGUUGAAGGACUGCCAAGGGAAGAAGACCCCAAUUGGAGUUGUGUACAUGCUUCCUAGCAGUAGUCAGGAUGUGGGGAAGAAAAUAAAUCAGGAGAUAGAAAAGGCUUAUAAGAAAAGUAUUACUAUAGUAAUCUUGGGGGACUUCAGUAUGCAGGUGAACUGGGAGAAUGAAGUUGGUAGCAGAUUUCAAGAAAAGGAAUUUGCGGAAUAUCUACGAGAAAAUUUUUUGGACACGUUUGUGCUACAGAUCACUAGGGAGCAGGCAAUUCUGGAUUUGGUGAUGUGUCAUUGAGACAGACCUGAUUAGGGAGCUGAAGGUGAAAGAAUCCCCAUGAGGCAUGAUAUGAUAGAAUUCACCCUGUAGCCUGAGAGGGAGAAGCUGAUAUAAAAAUUGAGUAAAAGUAACUGCAAAGGCAUAACGGGACCCUAGCAGGGAAGAUGGUGGGGCAGCAAUGGCAGGAGUGCCUGGGGUAAUUUGUGAUGCACAACAGAAAUUCAUCCCAAGGAAGAAGAAACAUACUAAAAGAAGGCCGAAACAACCAUGGUUGAUGAGUGAAGUCCAGGACAGAAUAAAAAUGUACAAUGUGAUGAAGAUUAGUGGAAAGCCUUUAAAAAGCAAUAACAGGGGACAAGAUGAAAUAUGAGAGUAAACUAGCUAGUAAUAUAAAAGAAGUUUGCAGGGGUGUUUUUAAAGAUACCUAAUAAGUACGAGAGGCAGGAUUAGACCACUGGAAAAUGGGAUUGGCAAUGUAGCACUGGGGAACAAAGAAAUAGCGGAGGAACUGAUGAGGUACUUUGCAGUUUUCACAGUGGAAGAGACAAGCAGCAUACCAGAACUUCAAGAGUGUCAGGCAGCAGAGGGGACUAACACCAUAGUAGUGGCUAUCACUAAGGGGUAGGUAAUGGGGAAGCUGAAAGGCCUGAAGAUGGAAAAAGCACCCAGACCUAACGGACUACAUGCCAGAGUUUUGAAGGAGACAGCUGAGGAGAUUGUAGAGGCAUUGAUAUUGAUCUUUCAGGAAUGACUGGAGUUGGGGAUGGUCCUGGAGGACUGAAAAUCUAUAAUGCCUCUGUUUAAGAAGGGAGGGAGGCAGAAGAUGGGAAACUAUGGACCAGUUAGCCUGAUCUCAUUCAUUGGUAAUAUUUUAGUGUGCAGUUUUAAUUUGAGAUUUUGGAAUAAAACACGACAAAGUCAGCACAGUUUUGUCAAGGAGAAUUCUUUGAAGUUCUUUGAAGAGGUAACAGACAAGUUUGACAAAGGAGAGCCAGUGGAUAUGAUCUAUUUGGAUUGUCAGAGGGCCACUGACAAAGUGUAGCUGAGGAGACUGCUAAGUAAGAUAAAAGGCCAUGGUGUUAGCAGCAAGGUUCUGGCAUGGAUAGAGGAUUGGCUGACUGGCAGAAGGCAGAGAAUAAGGGUAAAAGGGUCUUUUUCAGGAUUGCAAGAAUUCAGGAUUCAGUGACUGGUGGAGUUCCACGUGGAUCAGGGUUAGGACCACAACUAUGCACAUUAUACAUUAACAAUCUGGACAAAGAAACUAAGAGUAUUGCUGCUAAGUUUGCAGAUAGGUGGAGGGACAGAUGGUGUUGAGGAGGUGGGGAGGUUGCAGAAGGACUUGAAUAGGCUCAGAGAGUGAACAAUGAAUGGCAGAUGGAAUGUGCUGUGGGAAAGUGAGGUUAUGUACUUUGAUAGGAGGAAUACAGAUGUAAACUAUGUCCUAACAGGGAAAGAUUUUAAAAGUUUGAAGAACAAGGAGGCUCAGGUGUCCUAGUUCAGGAUUCUUUUAAGGUUAACAUGCAGGUUCAGUUGGCAGUUAGGAAGGCAAUUGUAAUGUUAGCAUUCAUUUUGAGAGGGCUAAAAUACAAGAGCAGAGAUAUGUAACUUCAGCAUAGAGGGUUCCAAUCAGACCAUAUUUGGAAUGAUGUGAGCAGUUUUGGGCCCCAUAUCUAAGGAAGGAUGUGUUGGUUUUGGACGGAAUCCAGAGGAAGUUCACAAGAAUGAUCCUGGGGUUGAAGGACUUGUCAUAUCAGGAGAGGUUGAGGACGUGAUCGAGUUUAGAAGGAUGAGGGGGAAUCUCAUUUAAACCUACCGAAUACUUUAGAACUGAGAUGAUGAAGAAUUUCUUCAGCCAGAGGGUAGUGAAUCUGUGGAACUCAUUGCUGCAGGGGACUCUGGAGACCAAGUAAUUGAGUGUCUUUAAGACAGAGAUAGAUAGCUUCUUGAUUGUUCUGAGAAUCAAGGGUUAUAAGGAGAAGGCAGGAAAAUGGGGUUGAGAAAAUAUCAACCGUAAUCAAGUGGUAGAGCACACUUGGUGGACUGAAUAGCCUAAUUCUACUCCUUUAUCUUGUGGUCUUGAAUCUAAAGAUGCCUAUAACUGUGGUUAUUCAUUAAUUUAUUUUUUUAAUAGAUAUUGGAUUUCUAAUUAGAUGCAAUGUUUUGUUUUGAUAUGACUACUAAAUGGCCUACUGAUUUGAUAAAGACUGUUGGAAAAAAGAAUCAAUAGUUUCUUGUGGUUUAUAUAUAGAGAAUGAUUACUUGAUAAACCUAUGAUUUGGUUUAGCAUGAUGUGGCCUGUUAAAAAUAAAUACCAUUCCAUUCAUUUGCUGAUGGAAUGCAAUGAUGGUUGGAGCAAAUUACAGCAUAUGAUAGAUACUGAAUGCACAGUUGAUGUUCUAAAUGCUCAUGUCCUGCUUUUGCAAAUCAUUUUUUUUCCUGUUAGAAGUGAUUGUAGAAUGAUGUUCCUUGUGCAUUUAAGCCGUAAUAAUUUUAUCCAGAAGAUAUUAUCGAUGUAUUGUGGAAUAUGAAUGUUUCAUUUUAUUAAAAUCUGAUGGAAUAAAA